UCCAUGGCACAAAAACGUGAUUGUAGGUGAGAGCAAGUUAUCUGGAAGGAAUGAUGCAGGUGGCUGAAGGCGUUGAAUGUAGGAAGUGAGACUUCUGGAUAAGGCUGAACAGUUACUGUUUGGAGGCGUCGUUGCCGGGAAAGGAGAAGUGACGCACCUCAAAACGGGGAUCGGGGGCACAGCAGCAUCCAGUGCGGACGGCUCGGGGAGGCUGCUCUGGAAAUGUCGACUGGGGGUCACGAGCUGCUGUUCGAGGGCUUUCUGAGGAAGAGAAGGGAUAAGAUGAAGCUGAAGUGGGUUACAUACUGGUUUCGUCUGGAAAGCAUGUGUCUCAGCUUCUAUACUAAGAAGAAUGAGUAUUCCAUACAUCUCAAGGGCCAGUAUGACUUGUGUGGAGUGAAAUCUGUGCGUGAAGUAGACAGGAAUGACAACAAGCAUUAUGUUUUUGAAAUCGGCUUGAAAAACGGGAAGAAGAAACUGCUGGCGGCAGACUCGGCGUACUUGAGGCAGUGCUGGAUGGACUGUCUGUGGAGGGCCAUACACCUUUCACCCUAUUGCUCCCCAGACCCAGCUUUCGCCUGGUGGGGAGGGGGAGAGGUAAAACGGGCCCCCCGGACUACAAGCUCUCGUCACAGUACAGGACAACUAAUAGACAAUCACUCCACUUUCGGACAGUGGGACUCGAUGGGAACCAGCAAAAGACACACACUGGUGAUGCACCAUGACAACAAGUUGAAAUUCUGUGGCCAGGAGGAAGGAGAACGAUCAUGUCUAUCUUCAGCUUCAGGUGUCUACGAAAGCACUUACUGUAAGCCGAACUAUGAAGAGGCAGUAGAAAGCAACUACGACACGCCGUUAUGCAGAACCGACACGAAGGGCGAUGUUGUCACCGCCGAGGAGGACGAGUCGGCAGAAGCCAUCUAUGACGUCCCAAUAUCUUACAGGAAGGUGACCAGCUUCUGGUCAGAGAGCAUUUACGACGUCCCAAAGCCUCGGCUGUGGACCAUGUCUGCACAGAGCCUUGAUGACAUCUGUGACGAGGAAAGGUCACCACAAGACACCUUCCUGUAUGAUCAAGUGGUUGGGGACAGAAGAAGAUAUUCAGAUUCCUGACUGGCAGAAAGAGGACACUGAUCAGAUCAGGUUGGGGAGGACUGGGGGAAUAGCAGAUCAGCUCAAACCCUAAAUGAGAAUAGUCCAGUGUUUUAGUUAUAUCAGAAUAUAACCUUCAAGGUUUUAAUUAGCGUGUCCAAAUAAUUAUGGGGCUGAAUUACAGGGGAAUCAGCACCAUUUAAUACCCCAUAAAACCUUUAUGAUCUAUGCUGAUGAUCUGAAAUAUUAGUUAUUGGCUGUAACUUGGUUUUUUUUGAAAAACACUUUAUUUGGGUGUGUUUCUUAUGCUGCAAGACAUCUUAUCUUUCUUUUUGAGCGCCAGGGUUCCAGAUACAUUGCAUAUAUCCUCUCCAAGGAGCACAGUGACACAUUUAAAAUACCUGGAUCGGUUUGAAGAAUAAAACAAGACCAGAGACAGAUGGUUAAUUUUUAUUACUGUUCCUUCAUGAGUGACAAGGCGACACAAACGAACGGGAAGCAGAGGAGGUGCGGAGGGCACGCUGGGGGCUUUGUGCUGCUGUUGGAGAUUCUGCGUCUCCCCCCCAAGAACAUGUCACAGGGCUUCACAUCUAAACAUUCCCCACUAGUGGAGGAGAGCCACAUGUAAAUUAAAUCACCACAGGGAAGACAAAUCACGCCAAAUUAAAUGCUGUAAACGUAAACCUUUCAGUAAUCGUGAAACUGUGGGUUUUUAUACGGUUCCUGCUCCUAUAAUAUACAACAGCUUCAUUAUUCCUUCAGAGAGAAAACUGUAGUGCACAGGACUUCCUGUAAAUAAAGUACAAGCAUUUCACAGCCAGAUCUGUACAGCAUGUGUGCAACAUUUAUAUACAACGAUAAAUCACAACUGAAUACAAGCAAGCCAAGGAAUCCCUGCCACAGGGAUCACAUUACAUGUGCCCUCACAGGUGUGUCUGUGUGUGUAUAUUUCAAGUACAAUAUACCUUUGUCUAUAGAUUUCAUAUUAAGGGAUGAUUUGCUACAAUACAGAUAUUUUACACGUGAAA